CUUCGACUGUACAAAAUAGAAAAAAGAAAAAAAAAAGAGUGAUCAAUGGAGGGCCCUUUGUUGACCAACAAGAGAGAGCACAUCGUCUACAUUACAACCCAUGGCGAGUCUUCAAUAACAGAACAUGGAUGGGUUUGGGUAUUGGUCGAGUUUGUAGUGACUUUGAUCCAGAUUAUUGCAGCCAUAUAUUUGCUGCCUCUGACAAAAGAUGAACAACAUCCAGACCUAGAAGAAAUUUGGUAUAUAUGGAUCAUCGGUUAUAUUUGUGCCUCUAUUGCCACUCUCCCUAUUCUAUGUUGGCGUUUAUGGGAUUGCUCAGAGACAAGCGAGGCGAUAGACUUUGUGGAAAAGAAGCUUCUUGCAUAUUUCUUCGUGGGUUGGAUUGUGUUUUUUCUUUGGGUUUUUCUUACCGAGUUGUCAUCAUGUCUAGAUACUACUCAACACUUUUGGUUAUGGAUGGCUCUACUUUUCUUCAGUUGCAUUCGAUAUGUGCUUCCCAAUCUCGAAUUUGCAGUAAAGGUCUUCAUAUGGCCUAUUGAAUAUUGUCUUGAGCAGAUUUCGGAAUUUUUUAUAAAGAUUUUCCACGGGAUCGGUGUAAUCUGCGGCUGCAUUGACGACGAUGACGACUAAAAAACAAUGAUAUAGGAUCAUGUCUUUGUUUUCAACAGUUGUUAAUAAUACUCUAUGGCUCUGUUCAUUUGGUAGUUGUUGAUCAACUACAUGUUUUGCUGUUCAUGUACUAGUCGUUGUUACCGUGUUCUUCAUUUACUAGCUAUCGUCAUUAUAUAUUUUGUUCAAUGCAA